AUGCCGCUGCAGCAGCAAGAGCAGCCGCAGCAGCAGCACAAGCAGCAGCAGCAACACAGCAAGCAACAGCAGCAGCACAACGAGCAGCAGCAACAACAGCAAAACAAGCAGCAGCAGCAACAGCACAACAAGCAGCAGCAGCAGAAGCAUCACAACAACACCAAGCAUCAGCAGCAUCAGCAUCAGCAGCAGCAGAACAAGCAGGAGGAGGAGGAGGUGCAGCAGCAAAUCAAGACCUGA